AUGCCCAGAAAUAAACCUGAAGAUAAAGGAAAGCGUCAGGAAAAUGACAACCAAGCAAACGAACUGACAGCUACCUACGCAGAAUCCGACUCAAGCACGGAUGAUACGGAGGAUGAAACAAAUGAACACUCACAGAAGACGAAGAAGAAGGAGACUGAAUUGAGGGGGGAAAAGAAGAAGAAACAAAAGAAGAAAAAACAAGAACAAGAAGAAAACUAUGAAGCAUUCCCCCCUCUUGGACAAUCCGCCAGCGGAGCCUCCAAGGAACACACGGAACGACCCCAGGAGGAUGUCACAGACUCUUCAUCCGAACAGUAUGCAGAUAUCAAUGCUGCUCUUAAAGAUUUAAGAAAUCAUUAUAUCGACGCAGAGCACGAGCCACCCAAAGACAAGGGACACUGCAUGCGUACUGUUUUUCACAAAUAUGAAUGCCUCAUCCGUUCCCUCGAUAUUCAGCGAGCUACGGAGAGAGCCAGGAGGAAAGAAGUCGAACGCACUGCAAAGGCUCUUAACGAUGCACUCCAACAGGUGGAAAUCCAGAACAAAGAAGCCUCAAUCUUCUAUGCUGAAAUCACCCAAAUCAACAAGAACAAACCAAGACCCAAACCAGCAAGGAUCGCAUCAGCUACAGUAAAGCCUAAACAAGGGAAAAGCCUGAAAAACUUGGCUGUCCUACUAAAGCAAGAAAUCACUGAGGCUGACAUACUCCUCACCGACGCCACAAUAAGGCCUGCAAAAUCUGGACUUCUCAUCGUGGAAAGUAGGAAAAAGGAGGAUCUAGAUAAAAUUGAACAAGUGUUUCAAGAGAGCGAACUCCUUACCGAAGCGGGCAGUCUGAAAAUAAACAGACCUCCCCCCCCAACCGGAACUAAAAAUAAAGUACAUCGAUGA